CAGCUACUCAUGGCCGUUGGUACAUUUUCUAUUCUCACACUUCUGUGGUAGUGUACGCAGACCAGCGGUGUUCACUCGCGAAGCCGCCUGAAUUAUUUGGCUCACGGUAGAGCCUAUCUCCAAUCCUGUUCUUAAUCGUUUGUCGUCAAAGAUACACUGUUGCGCCUAUGGAAGAUCUCUGGAGACAUGCUUAUCAGGAGCUCUUUGCCGUCCAAGUUCCGUGGAUCAGAAAAUUAAAGCUUCCGGUUGUAUACAUCUGCUGAUGCAGUUUGGAAUCGUUUUCCCGCUCCAGUCAGGAUAGCACUUCUCUCAAUAGAUUUGGCUGGUAUAAAUAUUGGUGUUAGAAUGCUGGGUGCCUAGGCUUGUCAGGAUGUCCUUCAAACACAACCCGCCUUUCCGUGCUGAACACUUAGGUUCCCUUCUUCGCCCUGAUUAUCUACUCCAAGCGAGGAAGCAAUUCGACAAGAAAGAAAUCACUUAUGAGCAACUACGUGUGCUGGAAGACAAAGCCAUUGCGGAAGCUCUGCGCCUGCAAAGGGAAGUCGGUAUCAAGAGCUUCACAGAUGGCGAAUACAGGCGUCACAUGUUCUACGACGGGUUCUUCGAUCACCUUCAAGGCUUUGAAGAAAUCCAAAACCCACCAAUUGAAAUCUUCAAGACCUAUGUUCCCGACAUCAAGGCCUUCCUCGCCAAUAACAUCAAGCCUGCGGGCACGACACUGUGUACGGGCAAGAUCAAGCACGUCGAAUCGGGCUAUUUACCUCAAUUUAAAGCCUUGAAGGCCCUUGUGCAACCUGAGGAAGUGAAGAAUAUCAAGCUUACCUUGGCUGCCCCAGAGUGGUUCCACCUGCGUCAUGGGGAACAUGCCUUCAAACCGGGUGUAUACGCUAGUCAAGACGAGUACUUCAAUGAUAUUGCAGCAGCGUACCGCCGCGAACUUCAGGUUCUCUACGCUGCUGGGCUCCGCAACGCGCAGUUCGAUGACCCCCUGCUUGCUUAUUUCUGUGCUGAGCCAAUGCUUAAGGGCAUGAAGGAAGCUGGCGAGGACUCAGAGACAUUGUUGGAUCGCUACAUACAGCUGUACAAUGACUUUCUUGUGGGUCGCCCCAGGAACCUGACAGUCGGCUUACACUUGUGCCGUGGCAACUUCCGGCACUCCAUCCACUUCUCUGAGGGCGGAUACGAUGCCAUUGCGGUGAAGUUGUUUAACGAGAUUGACGUAGACUGCUAUUAUCUCGAAUACGACACCGAACGUGCUGGAUCAUUUGAACCUCUGCGGCACCUUCCGAAGAACAAGACGGUUGUUCUCGGCCUCGUGACAAGUAAAUUUCCAGAACUGGAAGACAUAGAAGCACUCAAGGGACGGGUGAUGGAAGCAGCGAAAAUUAUGGCAACCGAUACCGGAGAAAGUGAGGAAGAAGCGUUGAAACGGAUAUGUGUCUCCCCGCAGUGCGGUUUUGCCUCGCACUCGGAGGGCAAUUUACUUGGUAUGGAUGAUAUGAGGAAGAAAUUGGCGUUGAUCAAAGAUCUAGCGACUAGCAUCUGGGCAGAUGCUUGAAGCUGUGAAAGUGUAUUGAUAGCAUUUGUAGCCUGUGUAAAACCACACAAUCGAAUCAUAUGUUUACCCCGGCAAAUUUGCCCCGUACACGAUA